AUGGAUCGGCUGGACCAGCUCAAAGAGACAGCGGUCAGCUUCCGAGCUAUUCAAGCCGAAAUCGAGGAAAACCAGGAGGAUCCAGCAGCGAUUGCUUCGGUUUUCAAUGUGCGAGAGGACUUUUCCGGAGCUUUCUACAAGGCGAGAGAUGCCCUCGAGGAUUUGAUCGAGGAGGAGCAAUCAACGUGCAGCCAGCGUGAAGCUGCUCAUGGAGACGCAGCGCAAAUGCUCCUGAAUCAGUCAACGUUGUUCAGAACUGCCGGCACUUCGCUGGCGCAAAAUGGCGGCGAGCUGGUUGUCUAUGCUGUCAGAAGCGGCGAUCAGGCAUCGAGUUGUGUACCCCAAGUGCGGUUGCCAGCAAUAAACAUUCCCCCUUUCAACGGCGAACGCAAAAACUGGAUGACCUUCAAGGACCUCUACGUGUCAACCAUCCACAAUCGAAAGGAUAUUUCGGAUUCCUUGAAGAUGCAAUACCUCUUCUCUUAUUUGGAAGGAGACGCAAAGCAGCUGGUCAACAAAUUCACCAUUCCCAGUGCCAACUAUGCGAAUGCGUGGGACACGCUCACCGGUCAUUACGACAAAAAGCGUUACACGGUUUUUGCCUUGGUACGGGAAUUUAUUGAUCAGCCGGGAAUCACACAAGCUUCAUCGCAAUCACUCAACAAACUCGCCUCGACGCUCGACGAAGUGGUCCAGCAGCUGGAUACGUUGGGGAUCGAAUAUCAAGACCGAGACCCGUGGCUGAUCUACUUGACGCUGGAAAAACUGGACAACGAAACUCGUGCUGGUUGGUCGGAGAAGGUGGUCGACAACGAGAAUCCCACCUUCGAGGAAUUGAUGGAAUUCGUGAAGAAGAAGUGUGAGAUGCUCGAGACAUGCUCGGCAUUCUCGAAGAAAGCAACCGGAGAAGUGCUAAGAAAAGAACAAUCAAAAGUGAGUGAGAAAAAAGUGAAAGCAUUAGUGGCAAUGACCACGGACAAAAAGUACGCGAAGUGUUCCAGUGAACACGCUACGUUUGUGUGUGAAGAAUUCAAGAACCUGAAAGAAAGAAGAGGAUUCGCACAGGAGGCAAACCUGUGCUUCAACUGCUUGCAGGCGUCCCAUUCAGCGAAAUCAUGUUUGUCGAAGUCGGUGUGCCGUACUCAGGGUUAUGGACAACGCCACCACACCUUGUUGUGUGCGAAUGUGAGUAAGGAAAAUGUCGCCCCAGCAGACAACACGGUGAAGAAUGAAUCGCCAAAUCCGUCAGCCAAGAAGGAGCAGAUAGUUACUUCGUUGACGGUUGCCGUCGAUACCAAGCCGUCGAUUCCGGUGUUCCCGACCGCGGUAGUACAAGUGCGCAAGGACGACGGUACAUUUGGCCGUGUCAGAGUGCUGAUCGACUCCGGCGCCCAAGCAAUGAUGGUAACGGAAGACUGCGUACGAAAGCUGGGACUCGUAAGGCGUAACGGAAAAGUAGUGGUUACUGGUAUUGGCCAGCAAGCUGCCGGUACCACUCGCGGCGUUGUCACGUUGCACCUCGCCACGCGAUUCAACGAAAACGUUGUCAUCACGACAAGCGCCUACGUCCUCGGUAAACUAACGUCUACUCUCCCAUCGCAACGAUUCAACAUCGGGAACAUGAAGCUUCUGGAGAACGUUAAAGAGAUGGCAGAUCCCACCUUCAAUAAGCCCGGACCAAUUGACGUGAUUUUAGGAGCGGACCACUUUCUUGCUCUCUUGGAGGGAGGUCAGGUCAAGGACGAAAGCGGCCAAACGGUGGCCCAGAGUACUGUUUUCGGCUGGAUCGCAGCAGGAUGA